CCUCCCAGUCUUCUCCCUCCCUUGUGUGUCCAGUGUUGUGCCUCUCAGCUGAUCUCAAUGGUGGUGGUGUGCUCUGGUGUGCUGCCUCUAGUAAAAGGAAAAGGGCCCUUGAAACUGGUUAAAUAGUAAGGCAUUGGUCAUCUCUGUGGAAGCCAAAGAAGAGGAGAGUAACUCGUGGGGGCCAACAGCUCUUCCUGACACAUCCUGAUAAGCGGGGACUUCUUCCUGUCUUCCUUUAUUCCUUGCUCUUAGACAUGCCAGAUCCUCCUACGGGUGUGAGGCAAAGCAGUGGUCAUCUCUAGAAGCCAAAGAAGAGGAAAGUAACUCGUGUGGGCAAAGAACUCUUCCUGACACAUCCUGAUAAGCUGUCUUUAGAGGAUGAGCUGGUGUGAGUGGAAAGCUUGCUAAGGGAGUUGAAUGGGGACUGCAAUGGAGGACAUGGCUGGAGGCUCAAUGGGAGGCCAUAAAUCCCUGAGCCUCUCUGCCAAGCCGGCCACAGACAUCCCACGGAGGCCACUGGCACUCACGAACAUGACGAGUGAAGAUUACUGCAACACCUACUGGCCUCAGCUGCGGAGUGCCAUUGACAAGCUACUAGAGGGCCCCCCGCCUCCUCAACACAUGGGACCGGUCAUUGAGUUUGAGCCCAUGUACUCGGCGGCAUACAAGUGUGUCUGUCAGCAACACUCAGAAACGCUCUUCAGUGACCUCAUGUCCCAUAUUCAGAGGCAUUUUGCUGGAAUCGCUGUGCAGUUGCAGAAUGAAGAGGAGAGUCAACUGAUUGACCACUGUUUCUAUGUUAUUCAUCAUGCCAUGUAUAGCCUUGAUGGGAUUAUUCCAGUUUUUACAUAUUUGAAUAAAGUCUAUGUUUCAACUAAGCUGUCUUCAAAUCUACGAACAGAAUUGCAAAACCUAUUCUGCAAAACUGUCAUUGAUCCAGUUAUUGAUAAGCUAGUAGCCAUAGUGAGGCAGACAAAUGAAUUGCGGCCAUUCUCUGUAGCCCCCCACGUCAUAGCUUCCGUCAUUAAGAAUCUGCACAAGCUUAAUCCAAGCUAUUCACAAAAGUAUCCACAGGUAUUUGCUGGGUACAUUCCUGGCAUUCUUCCUGCGAUGCGAGAACAUGAGCUCUCUGGAUAUAUAGACGAGACUCGAGAACUGCAAGCAACUUUACGCCAGUUCUGGAUGACUUCAAAUACUCAAGGAAGGAAGAGGUGUUUAGAUGAAGAAAUGCCCAGUUAGCAUCUUCUUCAUUUAGGAUUAAGAAAUUGCAGAGUCCAGUGAAAGCAUCAGUAUAUUCACAAUCCUUACUGUCAUGUUUAGAUUUACCUCUUCUUUUGUACAAGGCAUUUAAUGGAGUAAUGGUGAUGCUGAGGUUUUCACAUAUCCUAUAUAUUAACACUGCCUUAAGGAAGACAUGAGAAUUUAAACAAUUAUAAAAUAUUUUCCUAGUUCAUCUCAUCAUCUUCAUUAUCAUCACCAUCAUUAUCAUAAUCUGUUCCCUGCUCUUAAGUAGGUCAAACUGCAGUAUAGUUUAUGAACAUAAAAUAUGGUGUAUGAAUCGUAAUGUGUGGCACUGGCAACCCUAUAAUUCUCUCUCUAUUUGUGGUGCAAACAGCCUUAUGACCUCAUGUCAUUCAGGAAGUGAACAGUUUCAUCUGGAAAUCUGAUCUCAACUUUUUGUCUGUUAAAGAUCACAAUCUCAGUACUGAAGGACUGAGAUUAUGAUCUGAAAGUACUCGGUACUUUCAGUGGCCCAUUAUUUGUAUAUACAUAUUCCUAAACCAGUGGCUGUGUAACAGAAAUAUUCACAUGUGUGCAUGUCCAUGGUCUGCAUUUGCAUACUGCAAAAGGCAACUGAGAAAUACCAGUGUAAGCAUGUGAAAUUGUUUUGUAUUGCCUCGCACUUGCUUGACUGAUGUGUUUACAAGCUAUGAGAAGCUGAAAGGUUUAGACUAAAGCUUUAAGAAAAGCUGGCAAGCUGAAAAUUAGAAGGCAUAAGUGAUGACAAAAUAUUGUAAGAGUUUGAAUGGAAGAAACUUAGGGGAUUUUUGUUAUAUAUUGACAAUAUAAGGAGACAUGUCACAUCAAGAAACUAUAGCAUCAGCAUAUAUCUAAAUUCUAUCUAAGGUUUGGGGUUCAUUUAAAUCAGUUGAAAUUCAUUGUCUUGAUGGGAGUGGCCCAUUGAAUGGAUAGUUUGUCCUUAUUGUUUGAAGCAUGAAUUUCAAUAUAAAAAAAAGUCUUUGAGCUUGAUAUCUUGUCACAUGUAAAGGUGACAACAGGAAAGCCCUUAUCUUUACUUUACAUGCUUCCUGUUAAUCUUUAUUCUAUCUAGUUAUGUAUUACCAACACAUUUUCUUUACCUGUAAUGUGUAUAAAACAACUACUCUAUAUAUGGUUAAAAACCUUUAAUGGAUCUAUAAUAUAAUUAGUAAAUACGUA